GAGUGAACCGGAGGAGAGAGCCUCUUCAAUCUGCGAUCAGAGACCAACACACUCAGUCACACUGCCAACCCCUGACUCCCACCGCAGACCGACUCUCCAUUCAUGGCUUUCUACACCCCUUAAACGGCGCAAGAAAAUAAACUGGGAAGUAAAUCAAUACGGUGUUUUCUCCUGAAGGAAUACAUCAGUUUUCGACGAGAAGGGGCAGAGCAGUGAUGUCUCAGAACUGAGGACAGUCUCACGCAAUAUGGAGUUUGGAGAGCGGCUGGCCUCCCCAUCAGCAGCCCCGUCCUGCCCUCACAUGGCCUCCUCUUCAGCCAGCUCCUCCCCUGCUCCACCCCAGACACCCUCCACAAAGUGCAGCAGCUUGGCCCCCAGCCCCGCGGGCAGCUCCCCUCCCACCACCUGUGCCCAUUUGCUCCAGAUAACAGGCGAUGAACAUUUGAAUAUGUCUGGUAGCGCCAAUGGUUUUCCUGUAAUCAGCCAUCCAGCUUUUGGGCUCUACACAUCAAGUUCAGGCCGCUCUGAGUUUGGAGGCCUAGGGAGUCUGGGUUUGUCUGCGUUAGCUGCUCACUCCCAGUUUGGUACAUUUCCAGAUUGGUGGAGGACAUCUGAAGCACAUACCAGAGGGGCAACAGCCUUCUUCCCUCCUCUUAUGGGUCUGCACCCUGUCUUUGCAUCUGCCUUCAAAAACCACAGUCCCGCUCACUUGCAGUCACGUACAUCAGUUUGUGUAGGUGUUAAUGGAACAGUGAAUGGUAGGAGUGCUUCUUCCCCUACUGGGAACUCUGCUGUGAACACCAGUAAAGCAAAGGGAAACACAGAGAAGACUAAAGCCAGCAGUAAUCGGAGUCAAAAGGGCAACCAGGACGUGCGGCAACUGCACCAGAAGACCAUUCAGAAAGUGAGAGAAAAGAAACUCAACAAAAGACCACUAGAGACCUCCAGCAUGAGUGGCAGUCAAUCAGGAUCAUUGUCAGAUAGCUCCAGUGAUGGUGAGGAGAGCAGCAGUGAUCCUGAUGACAUGGACGAGGAGGAGGACAAUGAUGAAGAUGAGGAUGAUCAGAGCAAUGACAGUGAGGAGUCUGAUUCAGAAAAAGACUGUCAAAAGAAAAUGAAUGUUAAGCGGCUGGCACAGAAUACUUCUGAGAGUAAAAAGAAGAGACCUUCCUCGUCUGAAGGAAAUGCAGCUCAAGACAGUCGCCGUGACAUUGUUCCUUUGACUUCCUCUUCCCACUUCCAAUCCUCCUCUCAUUCUGCUGGCCUGCCACAGUCCAUGUCGUUGUUCCUCCAGAGCUCCAGGACUACAGAGGAUGAAGGCCAGCAGCACAUCAGUGUCAUCCAGACCACGGGGUUGACUGCCAACAACAGUUCCCUUGCACAGUUCCAUAGGGAGUCUUCCCCUCUGCCCUCCAGGUCCUCACCCAAUCCCAUCUCCUUCUCCAGCUCACCAAAGCACCUCUCUCAUUCGUCCUCACCAAUCCAUAGAUCUGUCUCCUCCUCUCCCAAACCUCUUGCUCUCUGUAGCCCUUCGAAGCCCCUGUCUCUGUGUUCCUCACCCAAGCCUCUCUCCCUCUCUUCUUUACCUAAACCAACGCUGUUGGCCUCACAAAAACCCCGACAUAAACCCAAGUUCUUGAUGCCCUCUCUGAAGCACAUGCAGCUUGUUGAUGGCAUGAAGGAGAGCAGUGGGAGCACUCUGGAUGGAAGAUCGUUACACUUGAACACUUUUAAAUUGAAACAGCCCUUCCAUUCCAAGGACACUGUGAAGCAGGCUUUCCCUCUGCAACCUAAGAGCCAUAACUGCAAUGACACCAAUCUCUUCCUGAGCCACAUCCACCACCACCACCACCCUAAUGCAGUUCAGGAUGCCCCCUUGGCCCUCAUCACUAAGCCUCGCAGCCAGAGCAGCACCCCCAGUAGCAAGCCCCUCCUGGCAGCCACCAGCCCUCCUUAUCCCAUGCCCAUCAACUUGAGCACUGGCACCAAGGAGGCGUCGGGCAGCACUGCUUCCCUGCUUAAAUCUUCUGCCUCAUCAGAUGUUGUUCACACACCAAGGAAGACAAAGGAUCUCAAGUCGCCACACAUGGGAAAGAGCCUCUCUAAAACCAACUCAUCCUGUCCACCUGUAGACUUGGUCAGAGAGUCUGAUAUCCACAGCAGCAAGGACUCGGACGACUCUUUAAGAGAUGACCAAAAUGAUGAGGAUGAUGAAGAUGAUAUUGAAGAUGAAGACUCUGGUAGCAGCCUGUCAGAGUCAGAGAGCAAUCUGGAGAGCGACUCUGAUGGCUCUGAGGACGAUCUGAAGGAGUGUGGUGAGACAGAAGCAGAUAGCGACGCAGACAGGUCUCCUCUGAAACUUGCUAAGGCGUCCUCAUCAACUCACAAGACAUCCCCGAAUGUGUCAGCCCACUGCUCCCUGCUUAACCUGCAGAUCAUCAAGCCUCCUGUUUUACCUAGUAGCCUCCUCACUGCCACCACAGUGACCAGCUCAGGGGCACUGAGUAACCACAGCGCCCCAUCACCAUCUUUCACAAGUGCCACACUGCCAGGGUCAGGAAAGAGGAGGAGAGUAACGGAUGAGAGAGUUCUGCGGUUGCCUCUUGAGUUUGGGUGGCAGAGAGAGACUCGAAUCAGGACGGUGGCAGGUCGUCUACAAGGAGAAGCGGCUUACUUUGCUCCAUGUGGGAAGAAGCUGCGUCAGUAUCCCGAUGUGAUGAAGUACUUACUCCGCAAUGGAAUAACUGAAAUCUCACGAGAUAACUUCAGCUUCAGUACAAAAAUCAAAGUUGGUGACUUCUACGAAGCCAGAGAAGGGCCAGAGGGUUUACAGUGGUACUUGUUGGCGGAGGAGGAGAUCGCUCCCAUUAUCAUAGCGAUGGAUGGGAGGCGCAGCCGUUGUAUGAAGUCCGAGCCCCAGCCGAUAGGCGAUGGCGCCGGGGCCAGACAGUGGAGGACCCAUCCUCUUAAUGUUGGUGAAAACAACUUCCAAGAUGUCAGCGAUGCCAAGCUGCUGCGCAAACUGGAGGCUCAAGAAAUAGCUCGACAGGCUGCCCAGAUCAAAAUGAUGAGAAAACUAGAGAAGCAGGCCAUGGCACAAGCAGCCAAGGAAGCAAGGAAGCAACAAGCAAUGAUGGCUGCAGAGGAGAGACGGAAGAAGAGGGAGCAGAUGAAGAUUCUUAAACAGCAAGAGAAGAUCAAGCGCAUUCAGCAAAUUCGUAUGGAGAAAGAACUCCGAGCACAGCAAAUUCUCGAGGCGAAAAGAAAGAAGAAAGAAGAAGCAGCCAAUGCCAAAAUAUUGGAGGCUGAGAAGCGAAACAAGGAGAAGGAGUUGAGAAGACUACAAGCUGUCAUACUGAAGCACCAGGAGUUGGAGAGGCAUAGACUAGAUAUGGAAAGGGAAAGACGCAGGCAGCACAUGAUGCUGAUGAAGGCUGUGGAGGCGCGUAAGAAGGCAGAGGAGAGAGAGCGUCUGAAGAAGGAGAAGAGGGAUGAGAAACGGCUAAACAAGGAGAGGAAACUGGAGCUGAGGAGGCUGGAACUAGAAAAAGCGAAGGAGCUGAAGAAGCCGAAUGAAGACAUGUGUUUAGCAGAUCAGAAGCCACUUCCAGAGUUGUCCCGGAUCCCGGGACUGGUCCUACCAGCAAGUACCUUCUCAGACUGCCUGAUGGUACUGCAGUUUCUACGCAGCUUUGGGAAGGUCCUGAGGUUGGAUGUAAAUCCAGACAUGCUCAGCCUAAGUGGCCUUCAGGAGGGGUUGCUCAACAUCGGGGACAAUAUGGGCAAGGUGCAGGACCUGCUGGUGAGCCUCCUCUCUGCAGCUGUGUGUGAUCCUGGUAUACCGACAGGUCACAAGAAUAAGACCGCCUUGGGAGACCACCUGACUAAUGUGAGGAUCAACCGAGACAACGUGUCCGAGAUCCUGCAGAUCUACAUGAGCGGUCACUGUGAGCAGACGGAGCCGGCUGCUUUGGCCCUCAGCCUCAGGACCAAGGCUUUUCAGGCCCACAGCCCGUCUCAGAAGGCCUCUCUGUUAGCAUUCCUGGUCAAUGAGCUCUGCUGCAGUAAGGCUGUGAUCAGUGAGAUCGACAAAAACAUAGAUCACAUGACCAACCUGAGGAAGGAUAAGUGGGUUGUCGAGGGAAAGCUUCGCAAGCUGAGGAGCAUUCACGCCAAGAAGACAGGGAAGAGAGACAGCGGUGUGGGGGGAGAGGACAGCCACGCCUUCGUCAUCCCCACUGCCAGAAGCAAAUGCAAGAGGAAAGAGGGGGACAGCGAGGAGGAAGAGGACGAGGAUGACGACAGUGAAGACCAAGGAGAGGACGACGAUGAGGAGGAAGAAGAAUCGGGGGGAAAGAAGGGGAAGAAAGCAGAGAUAUGUGAAGAAGAGGACGACAGUGCGCACUCAGCCAGCAUGGAGGAGCUGGAGAAGCUGAUAGAGAAGACAUACAAGCAACAGAGUCACAUCAGACAGAAGUUAUUCGAUUCAGCUCAGUCACUGCGCUCCAUGACAAUCGGACAGGACCGCUACAAGAGACGUUACUGGGUCCUUCCACAGUGUGGAGGCGUCUUCGUGGAAGGCAUGGAGAGCGGCGAAGGUUAUGAAGAGGUGGAGAAAGAGAGGACAGGACAGAGGAUCGCUCAGGUGAUGAGAGUGAAAGAAGAGCAGCCAGAAGAGACAAGGAAGCCUGUGGCCUGCAGUCCGGCACGGAGCAUGAAUGGUGGCACAGCCUCACCAGAGAGCCAGCAGGACAGACAUGGUCUCAAUCUCUUCCUCCAAAAACCAGGCUCCUUCUCUAAGCUCAGCAAACUCCUUGAAGUGGCCAAACUGGCUCAAGAUUCAGACAUCAAUUCCCACAACAGUCAUUCUCCUAAAGUCCCUACUGCUGCAUCUUAUCCCUCAUAUCCCACCUCUCAGCAGGGACUGACAGAUAAAGCCGACACUUCAGUGCCAUCUCUGCUCAAAAGCAGCCCCUGGAUAACCUGUGGCCCUCAAUCUAUCCUUCAUGACGACCGGCUCUCCAAGACACUGAAGGAGAAGAGCAACCAGUGGUUUAGCCUUUUUCCUCGCUCUCCUUGCGACGAGGCCUCGGUCACCUCUGGCCCCAGCCCUCCAGCCCCCUCCUCUUGUCUGCAGACCGUCGGCACCAAAUCCCCCUCCUCCCUUUCCCCUAAUCCCCCUGCUAGAGCCAACUCCAGCAGUCCUGCUGGGAUCAAUAACAUGCAGUCAUCUGUCCUUCAGCACAUUAAGUCUGACAUUCAUCAAAGCAGGCCAACACUGUGUGACAUGUCCAGCGUAGCAACAACUCCCCGCCUGCCCUUUUCUUCUACUUCACUACCCCCCGUGCUGGAUCUGGCCUCGCAGCAUGCAAAGGGUAAUGGGGACAGGGUCUUCUCCCUGACAAAUAACAACUCUGUCAACAAGAGCGAGACCCAAGAGCCCUUGAAUGACAAGCCUGCUUGUGUCUCAUUCCCUGCUGUGGAGGUGGCCAAGACCCAGGAUUACCCUAGUCCUCAGCCUAUUCCCAAGGAGAUGCUGUGUGGCUGGUGGACGGUGUCAGACAUGGAGGAGCUGCGCCGUCUGGUCAAGGCCCUUCAUAGCCGAGGGGUCAGAGAGAAGGUCUUGCAGAAACAGAUCCAAAAACAUAUGGAGUUCAUGACCCAGCUCUGUGCCAACAGCAGGGAUGCAAUUGAUGCAGCAAAGCUGGAGAAGCAGGAAGUGAACGAGGAGACAGUGGAGACGUGGUGCGUGGAGGAGCAGGCCAUGGAGGUGGACAUCAGUCUUCUGCAGCAGGUCGAGGAGCUGGAGAGGAAAGUCCUCUCAGCCGGCCUGCAGGUCAAGGGCUGGAUGCAUCCUGAGCCCCAGUCAGAGAGGGAGGAUCUGGUCUAUCAUGAGCACAAGCUCUUCUCUUCCUCAGCUCCAGAGAGGAAGGGACAGAGCGAAACCUGCCAGGAGGAACUCCCCGGCGCUGUGGUUCGGCGGCCCAACAAUCCCCUCGAUAUAGCUGUCACCAGGCUGGCAGAGCUGGAGAGGAACAUCGAGCGAAGCAGCGAGGAGGAAGUGGCUCCGGGGAUGAGGCUGUGGCAGAAGGCCCUCGCUGAAGUCCGCAGCUCAGCUCAGCUGUCGCUCUGCAUUCAGCAGCUGCAGAAAUCCAUCGCCUGGGAAAGAUCCAUCAUGAAAGUGCACUGCCAGCUCUGUCAAAAGGGGAAUAAUGAAGAACUGCUCUUACUGUGUGACGGCUGUGACAGAGGCUGCCACACUUACUGCCAUAAACCCAGGAUCACCACGGUACCUGACGGUGACUGGUUUUGCCCCACUUGUGUAGCGAAGGAAAGCGGUCAGUCCCCCCGGAGCCGGAGGCAGCAGAGCCGAACAGCUGGAGGGAAGAAAGGCAGUGAGCUGAAGCGAAAUGCUAAGCCAUCUGCACAAGGAGAGCUCAUCAAAGAGGAGGCUGCCAGCAGCAACGGCGUGCCAAAGAAAGGUACCAAGGAGUUCAAGAAGAGGAAAGUAGACGACAGCCCGCCCGGCUCCCAGGCCGGGCACGACAGCCCUGUCUCCUCUGCGAAAAAAGCCAAAACGGCCAAAGACGGCAGCGCAAACGGGCUGACGAUGUGCCGAGUGCUGCUGGCUGAGCUGGAGGCUCAUCAAGACGCUUGGCCGUUCCUCACGCCAGUCAAUCACAAAGCUGUCCCCGGAUACAGGAAGGUCAUCAAGAAGCCCAUGGACUUCUCCACCAUCAGAGAAAAGCUCACCAACAACCAGUACUCAAAUUUGGAAACUUUCAUCGUUGACGUGAACCUGGUUUUUGAGAACUGUGAAAGAUUCAACGAAGAUGAUUCAGAAAUCGGACGAGCCGGCCACAGCAUGAGGAGCUUCUUUGACAAACGAUGGGCCGAACUGCUGAAAUAAAAGUCUCCAGCGUCAGACUUCACCUCUAGGUUUGGAGGCCUUCUCCUCAUCUGUGACACUAAAUCAGUACACAGUUAAUAAUACCACUGAUGUGCAAUGUGAAAGGACAGAAUCUCCUGCUGAGAAGAGACACCAUUAAUAUCUUAAAGUGCAAUACUCUUUUAUUUAUCAAAACGCACUGACCGCUGGACUCAGUAUUGUGUCGGGAAUAUGAAGAUUUCCGCCGUAAACGGGCUGUUGGCUUUUCUUAUCGACUGUACUUUAGCUUAGGGUAUAUGUGUGUAUUUAUUUUCUCAAGUAAUUAAUGUUACAGCCAGUCUUUUGUAAGAAAAGGCAGGAAAUGGCACAGCUUUAAAAAAAAAAACAACUAAA